CAUUAACCCUCCAAUUUUCCCGCCUUAGUCUCACUCUCUUCCCGCCUUAGUCUCGCCGGAGAAUCCAUGGUUCAGAAGAAGCAAGCCGCCGCCGGUCCAGAUACCGAGCCUAAGAAGCGUCGUCGUGUCGGGUUUUCUCCCGCCGAUACUGGUGUGGAGGCUAACGAGUGCAUCAAUAUUUAUCUCGUUUCCAGCAAAGAGGAAGUUGAUUCCCCUGAUAUUUCGUGCGUGAAGCCAGUUGACUUGAAUGAUUUCAUUGAUGGCGAUGGCAAGAUAUAUGGUUACCAAGGUUUGAAGGUAAUGUGGAUUUACUAUGACAUUACUUUGCUCUUUCUU